UGGUGACGGGCGCCACCGAUGGCAUUGGAAAGGAAUAUGCCAGGGAGCUGGCCCGCCAAGGUCUGAACUUGGUGCUCAUCUCGCGGACGAAGGAGAAGCUCAUCGCCACCACCAACGAGAUUGAGAGUCAGUACAAAGUGAAGACGAAGUGGAUUGCAGUGGACUUCACCAAGGGAAUCGAAAUAUACGAUCAGAUUGAGAAAGAACUGGCUGGCAUUGAAGUUGGCAUUUUGGUGAACAAUGUGGGCAUGAUGUACGAGCACCCAGACAGCCUGGAUCUGGUGCCAGAGAAGCUUCUAUGGGAUCUGCUGACCGUUAAUAUGGGAUCCGUGACCAUGCUCACCCGCAAGAUCCUGCCCCAGAUGAUAGGACGUCGGAGGGGAGCCAUUGUCAACCUGGGAUCCUCCUCGGAACUGCAGCCGUUGCCCAACAUGACCGUCUAUGCCGCCAGCAAGAAGUUUGUGACCUAUUUCACCAAGGCCCUGGAGCUGGAACUGGAGGAGCACAACAUCCAUGUGCAGCUGGUGAUGCCCAAUUUUGUGGUUACCAAGAUGAACGCCUACGCCGAUCGGGUGAUGCAAGGCGGUCUUCUAUUUCCCAAUGCCUAUACCUUUGCGCGUUCAGCUGUUUUUACACUGGGAAAAACGAGUGAGACAAACGGGUUCUGGACACAUGGCAUACAGUACUUCUUCAUGAAGAUGGCUCCGUUGCGUAUCCGCACCUACUUGGGCCAUCAGCUCUUCAAGCGCCUGAGGAUUGAGGCCCUUCAGCAGAAGCAACAAAACUGGGAUUGCUGUAGCAGCUUAAGCUUGGGUCACCAUUGGUCUUGUAAAUAUUUGGUUCUUAGUCUUAAGGCCUAAACUAUUAAAUGAAUUUUGUAAAAAGUCAAG